AUGAUGAGCGACGGAAAAACACAAAUUAUCGAUUACGAUGGAAACAUGAUGGAAGAUCUAAAGGAGUGGAUAAUUAGAAACAAUUUAUCAAACCUAGGAUUCAAUUAUAACGUGAUAGCAAUAUUGGGAAGUCAGAGUAGUGGAAAAAGUACCUUGUUAAAUAAUUUGUUUAAAACAUCAUUCGAUGUGAUGAACACAAAAUUGGGUCACAGUCAAACAACUCAGGGAUUAUGGUUGAGUUAUGAUACCUUUGAGGAUGACAGGAAUACAUGCUCUGAGUCGUCAUCUCUAGGAUUAGAAAAUGGAGGACAGAAAAAUGUGACUAUAAAUAGCAGUAGCACUAAAAAAAUGGGUAAUAAUGCACGUGGAUUAAGUCCUACUUUAAUAUUAGAUGUAGAAGGAAACGAUUCAAAAGAAAGAGGAGAUAACCGAUUAACCUUUGAGCACAGAUCAGCGUUAUUUUCCUUAGCAUUAGCAGAUUGUGUAAUUGUGAAUUUGUGGUACCAUUCUUUAGGUAAUUUUACAGCAUCGAAUUAUGGAUUAUUAAAAACAGUUAUGGAAGUGAAUCUUGAAUUAUUUCAACAGGAUACAUGUUGUCCUAAAACUAUUUUAUUAUUUACUGUGAGGGACUGGUUUGAAGAAUUUGCUUCAAUAGAUAUUGUGAAAAAUAAAAUUGUAGAAGAAUAUUUAAAUAAAAUUUGGGGUGAAAUGAAAAAACCAUCAGGGACAGAAAAUGCAAAUAUAAACAACUAUUUUAUUGUUGAGGUUGUUGGAUUAUCUCAUGGAAUAAUUAAGAAGGAAGAAUUUCUCAAAGAUGUCGAAAAUUUAAGAAAAAAAUGGAUAUACGAAUUGAGACCUUUACAAUAUUCAAGAAAUAUCCCAUCAGAUGGUUUUGCUCAAUACUGUAAUAAUAUAUGGAAUACAAUUGUAAAACAAUCUCAGUUAGAUAUUCCAUCUCAGAAGGAAAUGUUGGCUACUUUUCGAUGUCAAGAAAUUAAAAAUAAUGUUCUUAAUAAUAUUACUAAAGUUAUUAAGGAGAAAUUAGCUACAUCAUCAUCUUCUCAACACAGUUCAACAAUUGAUGAUUUCAAAUCAUGGGCUGAAAAAGAAAUAGUAGAAAAAAGCUUAGAUGAAUAUUUUGUUGAUGCAUGUAGGUACACAGAAAGCAUAUGUUUAAAAACGUCUGAAGAAUUGCUGAGUAGCUUAUUUAUUCAAUUACAAACAAUUGUCGAUAACAAUUUAAAUUUCACCCAAAGAAUUUUAUCAACCAAAUUUUCCAACGAAUUAAAUAACAUGUAUAAUGCAUGCACAUCUGAUAAGAGCAUUUUUCACUUUUGCAAAGAAUCCAAUAUAGAGAUAAAAAAUGAUGGAAAAAACAAUAUUUCUCAAAAGGAAGAUAAAAAAGUAAAGAAAAAUAAUAAUCAAGAUAAAUGCAUUGAGUUAUGGUCGAAUUUCCUACUCAAUGCUGAUAAGUUAGAAUACAACACGUUAUGCAAUUUUUUUAAGGAUUGUGAAAAAUGCACUAUUGAAAUUAAAAAAAGAAAUAAAAUACAUGAAUUUAAUUAUAAGCCAUCCUUAAGUAUUUUAUCAACUGCUAUAUGUAAAGAUAUAAAUAGAAUUCGAAAUAUACAAUGCAAUAUUUUGCUAGAUCGCACAAGAAUUACUAUAAAAAAUAAAUUUAAAAAUAUAGAUAACUUACUAAUCACUACCAAAAAUUCAGAAGAGUAUUGGAAUCACACAUUAAAAAUUGUUAAAUCGUUGCAAGGAAGCAUAAAUUCUAACUUGACCAAAUGUUUUAUAAAUCUCAAAGUUGAUGGAACCAACAGCGAAGAAAUUUCAAAGGGGAUCAUUAACCUAAUUGGUUUUUCUCAUGAAAAUGGCAUGUCCUACAUAGAUGAUGAAGAGAAAGAAGUAGAAUCGCCAAAUGGUAUUAACACGGCUGAAGGAAAUAAUAAUUAUGUCGAUGAAAAUCUCCUUAACCACAAAAAAAUAGACAUAAUUAAAAAUAAAGGAAAUUAUAUAAGCACUAUAAAUGAGGAAAUCGAGAAACAAAUAAAAAAUAAAAAGGCAAUGUCUGAGUUGAAUAAUUACUACUUAGAUGAAAUUGUUGGUGUAUUAAAAAACAAGUUAGAUGAAAUAUCGGAAAAUUUAUCAACCAUCAUAGUUCAGAGAUUCGAAUCUGUUUUUAAUUACGAUGAAGCUGAACAACCAAGACAAUGGCGUGAUAUCUCCAUGGCAGAAUUGAAAAAGAUUUUUAGAGAAUCUAAAAAUUACGCAUUUCUAAUUAUUGACAUAUUGCAGAAAAAUACUAAUGUAGAACUCAUUGAUGAUUAUCUACCAAAUAAUUAUAUAAAAGAUGAAAUAAUUGAAAAAGGGAAAAACAAAGCCAAACGAAAAAUACAAGAAAUGUGUAGAGAUGCACAAUAUAUACAAGAAACAGGAGCAAAAAUGAGUUUAAAAAAUGUCCCUUUUUUUUUCUGGGUUAUUUUGUUAAUACUUGGAUGGAACGAACUUUUGUUUUUUACUCGUUUCUUUUUCCGCUUGAAUAUUAUCUUACCUUUAUUUUUAGCUCUUAUAGUUAUUUUGUCUACUUUAGUUUUCAAUGGAAAUAUGGAGGUUUUUUCCGUCAUCAACAAGGUUGUAUUUUUUAUAGCCAAAAAUUCGUAUGGUUUUUACAGACAAGUACAGAUGCUUGGGGGUAAAGCAACGGAACAUGUAUCAUCGGCGGACUAG